ACGGCCGCUUCGUGGCCGUUGUCGCGCCAAUAACCCGACACCACCGCGCGGCCACAGCCGUCGACCACCACCGACGACCGUCUUACAACAUACUCGCAACAGUCGCCAGAGACCGAUAAAAAAGUGUUGGUUUAAAAGCUUAAGACAAACGACAGAGCUAUCUUGUAAUAUCUUUGUGGACGUGCACGGCCCCCCGAGAACCCACCGAGCCUGUUCGGACUGCCGGCGGCCCAGCGCCGGACCCAAUGAACGAGACCGAGUGCCAAACGUUGCGAGACACGCUGGUGUGGAGAGACCUGCACGUGUUGGGAGCCCUUGCCGGCUUGUCGUUCAUAGCGCUGAUCGUGUUCAUCGGCAACACGCUGGUCGUGGCCGCCGUGUUCAACAGUUCCAAGCUGCGGUCGCCCACCAACACGUUUAUCGUCUCGCUGGCAGUGUCUGAUCUCAUGGUUGGCGUGGCCGUACUACCUUUUAGCGCCACGUGGGAGGUGUUCAAGGUGUGGCUGUUCGGCGAUUACUUGUGUUCCGUUUGGUUGGCCGUGGACGUAUGGAUGUGCACGGCCAGCAUUCUCAACCUUUGCGCCAUUUCGCUGGACAGGUACUUGGCCGUCACCCGUCCGGUGCAGUACCCGAGUCUGAUGACCAAAUUUCGGGCGAAGGUGCUGGUGGUGAUCGUCUGGGUGCUCAGUUUCGUCAUCUGCCUGCCGCCGCUGGUCGGCUGGCGGGACACCCAGAUCCGAACGGAAGCGUCCACCGUGUUGGUGCGGAAUUCGUUGUACCAAAACGUUUCGCACAGCCCCGAGUUCGACACGUUGCCGUCGUGCCCGUGGAUAUGCGAACUGCCCAACAACAAGGGCUACGUGGUGUACUCGGCGCUGGGCUCAUUCUACAUACCCAUGUUCGUCAUGCUGUUCUUCUACUGGCGUAUCUACAAGGCGGCCGUCAACACCACCCGCUCCAUUAACCGGGGAUUCCGGACCAUGCGCAGCCGCCGGGCGUUCGGUAACCGGUUCGACGACGAGCGGCUGACGCUGCGCAUACACCGUGGACGGGGGUCGUCGUUGAAGCAGUCGCCGUCGGCCACCGCGACCGCCGUGGUCACCGCCGUCACGACGCCCCUGAACGGCGGGUCGCCGUCGUCGGAAGUGGUCAGGAGUCGACGGCCGUCGACGCGGCGCAGCAACCACGAGCGGAUCCAGAUCAGCGUCAGCUACCCGAGCUCGGACUGCAUAAGCGCGGCGGCGGCCGCCGCUGCCAUCAACAACGCCGCCGUGGACGCCAACGGCAAUUCUCCGCCCGAAACGCUUAGUCAAAAGUCCCGGAGUUCGUUCUCGUCCACAACGUCGCCGACCAGUUCCAGUCCGUUGUACGCCGUCCACUACUCCGCGGUGGACGACACGUAUCACCACAAGCGGGCCAACACGACCGUGGGGGCCGGCAGCACCCGGGAAACGUCCAGUCAACUUCGGGUGGCCGGCGGCAGCCGAAAGGAACACCGGCGGUGCAGUACUGGCGACACGGUGUCCUCGCACUCGCGGCUACUGAGCACCGCGGAACAGCGGCUACACCGGUCGUCACUAGUCAAAGAGCAGCUGUCCCCCUCACCGUCGUACGACGACUCUACGGGCGGCGGCGGCGGCAGUCCGGGCAACGGCGGUGUGCCCAGCAAACCGAAAUUCACGUCGAAAAUGAUGGGCGGCGGCAAGCGGAACAUCAAGGCGCAGGCGAAGCGGUUCCGGAUGGAGACGAAGGCGGCCAAGACGCUCGGCAUCAUCGUCGGCGGGUUCAUUAUGUGCUGGCUGCCGUUUUUCACCAUGUACCUGGUCCGGGCGUUCUGUCCCACGUGCAUACAGCCCACACUGUUCUCCGUCAUGUUCUGGCUGGGGUACUGCAACAGCGCCAUCAAUCCGAUGAUCUACGCGCUGUUCAGCAAAGACUUCCGGUUCGCGUUCAAGCGGAUUAUAUGCCGGUGUUGCUGUUGGGCCGUGGCCGGUGAGUCCGGCGCCACCGUCGUGGCCGGACUGGCCGUGGCCGACUACGGCCGGCGCAAGGGUUCGGACGGGUCGCAGCUGGGCAGCAACGCGUCGCCCCGGGCCCGGUACAACGGCGGCCCGGACGCGUGUAGCAACCGCAGCUUGCGAAUCAUGCAGUACUCGGACUGCGAACCGCUCAACGAGCCCAGUUUCGACGACAGGUGACCAACGUGAUAAUUCGGUCCGCCGCAUACUGUCUCUCCUCAUCACGCAUAUAAUUUGCUGAUAACAAAAUAUUUACAUGUAUUAUAUUAUAUUAUUAUUAUUAUUAUAAUUACUACGAUAAUAAUAUAACGAAAAGUACACUACUUCACAUACACUUACACGUGUACAUAAUUUACACACACUCAUUAAUAUAUAACAAUCGCGUUACCUAUUUUAUUUUACAUAUAAUAUAUAUAUAAUUGUUUUUCACGCCGUCACGGUAAUACUAUAUAAUUAUAUUAUUAUUAACGGUUCUUAUAAAAAUAAAUA